UGUCAUCUUCCGAGCUGGUAUGUCCUUGUGUCGGAAUUAAAAUCGAGUGGGUAUGUUGUAAGUGUUCCAGUUCUGUUGAUAUGGAGCUUUUUUACACGAAGGCCGCACUUGGUUUUCACAAAAGAGGAACUUAAAACAGGCCAAACAUCGCGCUUUUAUUCCCUUUUUUUUGUCGGUCGAUUCCGAGGAACGGAGAAGCUUUUAUGGCUUGCGGGUUUAGCAUAAUAACAGAAUAUUCUAUCCAAGAUGGUGGUUACAUGACAGCCCUCGAAGAGUCUUUAUGCGUAUUUCAAUUAUGAAAUUAAUGCUUUUCACAACUGAAACGGAGCGAGAGUGGUCGAAAUUGUGCUAUUCGCACUCGAUAGUAAUUUAUAAGUAUUGAAAAAAGCCCAUAAAUAAAGAGAAAUUCUCGGAUGCUAUUGGAACUCUUGGCACAACUCACGCCGCCAUGGUUUUUUCAUACGGGGGACAUGUUUUACCCAUCCCAGGGAGGAAUCGAAACUAUUUCGGGGGCAAUACACAAAAAAAGGAAACUAGAUUUAAGUGAUUCUGGGUACGCAGCCGUUACUGAACAGCAUUUCGUCCAACCAACACACAACUCAAGGUUGCGUAAUGUGCACAACAUCCAUAAAAGUCCAAGUCAGACUCAAUCACAACUAUCAUCACAAAAUUUUAUCCAUGCGUCAACUAUCAAACUAUUAGAUACAUAUCAGCGGUGUGGCCAGAAGCGCAAAUCUUGUGAAGGUAAUGGUGAUCGAGUCGAAGGUAAUCCAAGUGGUGACGCAACGGCGGGAGGCAAGGGAGGUGGCGGGGGUGCCGGUGGGGCAUCCCACUCAGCCACCCCAGAUGGAGACUACCAAUUGGUACAACAUGAAGUGUUGUACUCAAUGACCACACAGUAUGAAGUUCUCGAAUUUUUGGGACGUGGAACAUUUGGCCAGGUGGUGAAGUGUUGGAAGAAAGGGACAAAUGAAAUUGUUGCUAUCAAAAUUCUUAAAAAUCACCCUUCCUAUGCUAGGCAAGGACAAAUUGAGGUUAGCAUUCUCUCCAGAUUAAGCCAAGAAAAUGCCGAUGAAUUCAAUUUUGUCCGAGCUUACGAAUGUUUCCAACAUAAGAACCACACAUGUCUGGUGUUUGAAAUGUUGGAACAAAACCUGUAUGAUUUCUUGAAACAGAACAAAUUUAGCCCCCUACCACUAAAGUACAUACGUCCUAUUUUGCAACAGGUUUUAACAGCCCUUCUCAAACUCAAACAAUUAGGUCUAAUUCAUGCUGAUUUGAAACCAGAAAAUAUCAUGCUUGUUGAUCCAGUUAGACAACCUUAUAGAGUAAAAGUUAUUGAUUUUGGUAGUGCAUCCCAUGUCUCAAAAGCUGUCUGCAACACAUAUUUGCAAAGUAGAUAUUACCGGGCCCCUGAAAUUAUACUCGGUCUCCCUUUCUGCGAAGCAAUUGACAUGUGGUCUUUAGGGUGUGUUGUUGCUGAGUUAUUUUUAGGUUGGCCUUUAUAUCCAGGGUCAUCAGAAUAUGAUCAAAUAAGGUAUAUUUCGCAGACACAAGGUUUACCUACUGAGCACAUGUUAAACAAUGCUUCAAAGACCACCAAAUUUUUUUAUCGUGAUAUGGAGAGUACUUAUCCUUUUUGGAGGCUUAAGACACCCGAAGAGCAUGAAGCUGAAAAUGGCAUCAAGAGUAAAGAAGCAAGGAAGUACAUAUUCAAUUGCUUAGAUGAUAUAGGACAGGUUAAUGUUCCAACUGAUCUAGAAGGUGGGGAACUCCUGGCUGAAAAAGCGGAUCGUAGGGAAUUCAUUGAUUUACUGAAACGUAUGCUGACUAUGGACCAAGUGGAGAGACGCAUAACACCAGGCGAAGCGUUGAACCAUCCAUUUGUAACUUUGGCACAUCUUGUUGAUUAUGCACACUGCAAUAAUGUAAAGGCAAGUGUUCAAAUGAUGGAAGUGUGUCGUCGUAAUGUUUAUGGAAGUACUGCUGGAAACCAACACCAGCAUGCCACACAGUCUGCUCCAUUGGUUGCAACUUUGACCUUUAACAAUAAUCUAACUAACCAGGUUCAGCGGUUAGUGAGAGAACGAGCGAACCAUCAUCAACCAACAUUUGACAAUCUGUAUCCAGUUUAUCAAAGACAAAGUCAAUUUUCUGGAGUUGGACGAGGAGAUAUUACCCAACCACAACUUGUUUCUUCAAUACUUUGUCCACCCACUUAUCAAAGAAUUGCCUCUCCUGGAAAACAUGUUACUGUUGUUGCUCAACAGCCCCCUCCUCAGUUGCAACUACAGCCACCUAUCCUAUCCCAACAAGUUGGAGGUCAACAGCAGUAUGUGCCUGUGUCUAUGGUUGAACCUUCUUGGGCAGGAAACCGUCAGAUGGCCAUGGUUCCUUCUUGGCAAGGAAUAGCAACUCAACAUAGCAUACAACAACCUAUGCUACCUGGCCAAGAAUGGGGAAGACCUCUCCUCGUACAAUCUGCGGCACUCAUUCAGGACCAAGGAAGACCCGUAUUCACAGAUGUAUACGAUCGAGUAGUGGAGAGUCCAAAUAUGGAAUGGGGGAAAAGAAAUGUUACGAAGCACUUAGCACCUCCUGUACCUCACCAUCACAUAUCACUUCCAAGGCAUGACAAGAAAGAUCCACUUCACUUGAGUCCAGUAAAGAAAAGAGUGAAAGAAGGGACCCCACCAAUUGAAUGUAAUGAUUUGCAUUUGAGGAAUCGUCACAGUCCUAGCCAAUGGUCAAACCAGGUGAUCAGUUCUCAACAUACUUCUCUACCUCAUGUACGCUUUAAACAAACUUCUAAUCGCCAACAGACAAUAACAAUACACGAUACCCCAUCCCCAGCUGUUUCUGUGAUUACAAUCUCUGAUAGUGAAGAUGAGUCAUCAGCAAAAUGUCCACAACAAAACAAUGUAACCAGUACAUCUUCAUCUACCACAAAGCAGUCAACCACUCAACACCUUAGUACUGGAGCUAGUUCUCGAGGACGUAGCAAUGUUAUUUCAUGCUACACAGUAGGUGACAGUGAUAAUGAGGAAGUUAGCCCCAAUGCUAAACAGCAGGUACAACAACAUCCUGCAACAACUAGAUGCUCACCUGUAAAAAUUACCUCAACUACAUAUGGUUUGAGCCCUAAAACUAGUGGUGGACAGUAUCACCAAUCUAGUCCAUCAAAACCUGGUGACUUCCUACAUUACUUUAGGGAAAUUAAGCACGAACCACAUUAUAAAUACAUCUCAAGGGGAGAGGAAACAAAUCAAUGUUGCCCAAUUGUUGAGAAUGGAUAUUCUACAAGCAGCAUAUCACAAUCACAAAAGAAAAGGUUACUUGCAAAAGCCCAGUCUGAAUGUAUGCUCAGCGGCGUGGUCACCAAGCAAGAACCGCCCAGUGAACUUUAUCACCAACCUGUUUGCCAUGGACACCCGACAACUCUAUGUAAAGAACCUUACCACUAUGUUGCCCAGGAGCAACAUAUAGUACUGCCCUAUACAAGCAAUGAAAAGAGGGUUACAUACACAAUGGGACAUAAACGAGCUGACACAGGUCGAGAUUAUCAUAGAGGGCAACCACCUGCAGCGCAUACAUCACGGGACCAACAUGUGAUUGCAAAACCAUGGCCACCUCAAGCAAUACCACUUCAUCAACCAUAUAGGCAAAGUGGGUCGCAGGUAUCACCUCAAGGGGCUAGACUUUCUCCCCUAACCGGACAACCGAUCUACCAUCAGAGCGAUAUUUACAGACGUCCUGCUGUUUACGUAACAACAACUCAACCUGCUUACUUGCCUCCAACCCACCAAGUUCCACCAUUUACGACUGGGAGAGGUGUCCCUCCACCAGCUCAUCAUUCAUCAGCCAGACCGCUUUUAACAUCCGGAGGGCAUCCUUCACACCCUCUUCCAGCACAUAUGCAACCUACGGCAGUCUUCCCAGCUCAUGCACAAGUUGCAUCGUACGGUUAUAUAAGUCCAGCAAAACCACAGUAUCCUGCACCACCUGCAUUGUGGUUCACUGAAUAAUUUGCAUUAAUUUUAUUUGUGUAUAGCAAGAUGUGUAUUAUAUUCAUUUAUUGUAGCAAAAUGCUUAGCUAAAUUGCAAUUAUAUUUAUUUGUAAUUGAAACAAAUAUACUAUUUUUUAAUAUUUAAAAAAAAUUUAAAAAACAUUAAGGCUGACAUUUAAGUUGGGAAAUUAUUGGAUUUGUAAAACUUAAACUUGCGUCUGACAGUCAGCUAUUUACUAUGGGUGUAACUCCCCAAAUUUAUAAGUUAAAUUGAUAUAUAAGAAUUUAUUAUAUAUAUAUGAUAAAUUAUAUAAACAAAUAUUUUUUUAUGGUAGCAUUGGCACAAUGUUUUAAUACCAUUAGUUUUUUUCCUAUAGUGUUUCUAAUUUUAUAUAUUAAUUAUGUGUUGUUCAAAUAUUAAUUAUAUUGUAUUAAUUUUUGUAUUUUCUAGAUCAGUUUGAAUGUUUAAAACUUCUUUCUUUCAUUGAGAUAACCCAAAGGGGUAUCAAAAAAAUAAAUAACUUAUGCACUGCUGUACUACUGCAUGACAAGAAUUAUGAAAUUAAUAACAUAAUUUAUCAGGUUUUUUUUCAGUGUUGUUAAAAGAUUCUAACAUCAAACGUUUUAAUCAUAUAACAUAGUUUUUGUACAAACAAGUCUAACCUUCUUGUGAUACAUUUUUUUUCACAAGAAAAGUAAAAAAAAAAAAAACAAUAAUACGUUGAAGAUGAAUUCUAGAUAUUUUUUGGGGUUUUUUCUCAUCUCAUGACUUAAUAGUUGUGUUAAUUAACUCUUAUAUCAUUUGUAAAUUGAGGAUUUUCAGUGCAAAUUGGUCUACUUUAAAUUUAAGCCAGCUUAGACCAUAUAAUCUGGAGCUACCUUUUGUGAUAUAGAAAUUGCUUUACGUGUUUUUUUUUUGUUUUUUUAGUAAGUUCAAUCAGUCAAGUGUUAAUACUUCAAUUUUAUGAAAUUUAUUGCAUGUUUUAGUUUUGUGUAAUAUGAAGUAGUUUGUUUUAGUGUUAACACUUCACUGUCAAAUUGGUUUUGUGAACUGUUAAUUAAAUAAGACAACUUGAUAAAUGGUAUAAGUUAAUUAACUUAUUUCAUGACAAUUCCAUGAGUGUCCUAGAUUCAUUGCUUUUUGUAGUUUGCAAACAGCAUUCAAUAAAACAGUAAAUAUAUCAGUAUAUAAUAAUAAAUAACUAUUAUUAUAUAAUUUUGAAAACUUUUAAAAAGUACAUUGAGUACAAAUUCAUUUAUAUUUUAUUCUUGUGAUAAUAAAACAAAAAUGUAUGUUAUAAUUUUUUAAUUCCUACAUUAAAAAAAUUAUGUGAAGGUCAUUUUGUGUUGGACAUUUUUCCUCAUAAAUUGGUCAAUUAUGUUUCAUUAGUUUCAAUAUUUAAGUCAUAUAUGUAUAUGUAUAGUUGUUUAGUGUUGCAUUAGUGCAUUGAUGGUUAAUACUGUCAAAUCUUAACUGAACGGUAAUUUAGUUUCCUGGUGUUUUUAUUUGAUGGUAGUAUUUCCCUUGGACUGUUUUCAUUGUAAGGGAAUGCUUAGUAAUUUAAAGUGCUUCCCUUUGACAAUUUAUAUUUUUGAAUGAUAUCGUGAAAAAUAACUUGACAUUUCAUCUGAUUACGGCCAUUAAAAUUAAUAUAUUUCAUUCUUUUAUAUAUAUUGUUUAAUGUAUGAAGUGGUGUGCCUCUUCAGAACUUUGUAAUAACAUUGUUCAUUUCAUAGCAAAUAUGCAUUGUGAGUACUCAAAAUGUGAUAACGAAAUUUUCUCAAGCUGUAUUUCAUAGAGAAAAAAAUUACUUCAUAAGUAUUUAUUAUUUUUUAAUUGCCUAAAUGGCAAUUUAGGUGUAAAGUUAAUGCCUUCAGUAUACAUUUUUUCCAAAUUUAUGAAGAGAAAAAAAAUUAGCGUGAAAUGUAUAUACUAUAAUUUAGGUUGAAUAUACAUAAUGUUCUAUUAAUUAAAGUUUACCAUGAACGGUUAUAUUUUUAACUAAAUAUCUUAAUAUAGUUUAUGAAUUAUUUUUAUAUUAGUAGUGUAUAAUAAUUAGUCUUCAAACAUCACAUUCAUUUAAAUCAAUUUAAAAUUAAGCCUGUGCCUAUUAUUAAUAUAGAGCUAUUGUUAGUUUGGAUAAAAUAAUAAAUAUGUUAGAUUAUUAUUUUAUAUUAUACAAAACAUAAUCAUGAGUGAAAGUUUUAAGUUUCUAAUUACCAGCUGAUUAAAUAAGUAAGAGUUUUAAUAACAAAAGUAAUUUUCAAAAUAAUUCACACUUUUAUUUUUUUUUUGGGGGGGGGGUCAUGACGAUAGAAUCAAAUUAUUUUAUUUGUAAUAUUUUGUUACGUUAUAUGAUUGCUAUAGGUGUUGGUGUAGGGGCAAUUUAGAUGGUAAUGUAGAGUAUUGAAACUAAAAAAAAUGAAAAGGCUGUACGUUAAAUAUCUUGUGUAAGCUUAAGAAAGAACAGUGUUUUUUUUUUUUUUUAAGUCGCUACUACAUGUGGAUUAUUGUACACUCCAUAAUCCGUCGUGUUUAGAAUUAUUUACCUAAUGUACAGAACGGUGUGGCCUAUUUUGAUUUUAUAUAUUUAUGCAAUGUGUGUUUAUACUUUACUUGAAGGUAUAUUUUGCUUAAAUAGUUAAAUACUCAAAAGAAGUUUCCUAUUAUAUAACUACUAAACAGAAUAUUAUAAAAAUUUAAGCAUUUUAAAAAAGUGUAUUAUACUUUUUACACAAUAGCGUGGAAAUAUUUUUAAAAACCUGUCAUCGUCGUAUGUAACUUGAUUAAAUUUUUAGAAUUACAAUGUCAACUAAAAAAGAUUACAGGCAGGUGUGUGUACGUUCAUAUCUGUCUAAUAACCUGAGGGUUUAAUGUUUACUAUUUAAACUCUUUUGAUGUAUUAAAUGUACAAAAAAAAUAUUGAAAAAUUUAUUAAAGCCUUAAUUAAUACACCGAGUCUGAUUUUCAAUAACUGUAUUUCAUUUUGCGAUGACUGAAGUUUUGAAUAUUGCAAUUUUUUUCAAAAGAUUAUUGCAGAAUUGAACACUAAUCCAUUAUUACAAAUGGUAAUUCAAUUCUUCAAUUUAUGCUUUUAGAGUAGAUUUUUUCCAUCUAAAGACAGAUUUAUUAUUUCUUUUGUACCAGGGUACAUUGAAAUAAAGGAUACAAUAUUUAUAUUUAAAAAAAAAUAUAAUUAAAUGUUCUAAAAAAACUAUUAAACUGAAUGUACUGUGUCUGGUAUUUAGUUGUAACUAUUUGCAAAUUCUAUACUGAAAUUAGUUUGGGUUAAUAUUGUAGAUCUGUUUGAAGACAAAAAAAUUAGAAAGUUUCGUUUAAAUUAUUUUCUACAAUCAUAAAUAAUGUAAACAUAUUUUUUAAAGUGGUACAAUUUGUCGCUUCGCUCGAGUUCAUCCUAUUUCUUUAAAUUCAGUUCUGCCCCAAAACCACUUGAAACAUUGUUUAGAGCAAAUGUAAUUUACAAUAAAAAUUUGAGACUUUUUAAAAAUAUUAAUUCAUUGUUGGUUUUAGUAAAAUAAAUAUUGUGGUUUUUUUUCCCAAGGGUGCACAAUUGAUUUUGUGGGCCCUAAAGUUUUGAUGUCAAAUUUAUAAAAAUAAUUUAUUUGAAAUGGGAUAAUUAGUGUAGUUAAAUAAAUUAAUCCUUUACACAGGCCUUUAUUUGUCAAAAUUUUAAUAAUUUUAGGGUCAUCUUAUAAUACAUUAAUUAUUAUAAUUGUUCAAAUAAAUCCACUGUUAUUUAAUUACAAAACAGAAAGUUUCUUAUUGAUAAACAUUACAGUUAUUUACCUUGAAAAAUAUGUUUAUAUUUGUCUUAUCUUAUUAUUAAUAUCGCCUUUUCUUAGGCAUUAGUUUUUACUAAUAAUAUAAAAUCAUUUAAAAAAGCUACCGUAAUUAAUAUAUAUAUGUAGCCUAAUACUUUAUUUUUAUUAAGUAUUCUAGAUGCAGGGAUAGUAUAUUGUGCCGAGGAUUGUUAGAAAGUGUCAAUGACAUGAUUCAUCGCACUUGUGGUGUUUUUUGCAACCAUGCAAAUUACAUUUAUUCUUCAUUAUAGGGGUGAUAGAAAUUUGUAACAAUGAAUUGCCUUAUAAAAAUUAUUAACCAUUAGUUUUUAAUCAUUGUAAAUAUUAAUAACUAUAUACUAUGUAUGACUGGUUGUUUAUUAUAGAAUGUUUUUAAGUAAUUAUUUAGUUAGUUUUGUGAGUGUAUAUAUUAUAUAUAUUUAAAAAAAAAUUGAAAAGUAUUUACCACCAAUUAUGGAGAGAAAGUUAAAUGUUAGUAAUAUAAUUAAAUGUAUGUAAUAUGCAGGUGUGGCUCAUGCAUUAUUUUGUCCUUGGCAUCAUGUAUUACCUAUUUUAGUUUUAAUACUGGUGGAAUAGAUAAUUUUACGCUUCUAUAUUUUUUUUUAAACCUAUUUGCAUUAAACUUUUUUGGGAGUGGACUCGUAGCGUGUUAAAUUGGUAUAUCUUAUCAUUUGAUGGUAAAUGGGGUAAUCAUAUAGGGUUAUAAAGUAUAUCAUAAAAAUAAUUAGCUUUUAAACUUCCUGGCUAUACAAAAUAAAAUACUGCCUAAUUGUUUACAUAGAAUGGACCAAAAUUAUUCUUUGUGUCAUUAAUAUUUUUGAAAUUACAUACAAUAAUGUGAUUUUAGUUGUAUAAUCCAAGUAAUAUCGGUUUUUCUAAUAAAUGAAUUAUUUUCAAUUAAUUAAAUGUUUAAAGAACAACCAAAGAACAUUAAAGAUAUAUAAUAAAAUUGUUCCUGCCACUAUUGCAUUAGACCUAAGCGUAAGAUUAGAAAGUAGCUACAUUUCUGGACAUCUUGUGUUGAUGUGGUUUCAAGAGACACAUAUCAUUUCAUAUUUUGCAUCAUUUAGAAAUUUAUUAUUUGAUCGGAAAUUGGAAAUCAUUUUUUUUUUUUUUAAAUUGUUUAUUAUAAAUACAACAAACCUAGCUUGGUUGAUUUAGUGCUAUUGAAUUCAUACACUGAUUUUGCACCAACUUAAUCUGUACCGCACCAUCAGAAUAUCGCCUUUAUACUAUUUGUAGUAGUUUUAGUUAAUAAUUCUUUCAAUAUAAAUUUUUGUGGUGAAGUCAAAUAAUUUUAUUACAUGCAUAUUCUAUAGGGAUAUUUUAGCUUUUGUAUCAUCAAAUAUGCAUUCUAAGCGUAACAUAGCUCCAUGAAUCUUUCUUUAUUUAGUAAAAUUAAAUUUUAGUAUUUGACUUAAUUUAUUGUGAAUUUAUUUCCAUAUAAUCUAUUAAGUAGAUUAGUUUAUUACACAAUAAAACUAUUACAAAUAAUGCUAUCUUUUUAUAAGUUAGCCCCCAGUUUUAACAAGUUUAUAGAUAUGUAAUAAAUGGUUAUCAUUGCAAAACUCAAUUCUGCACUUUAAGAAAUGUUCUAAUGUUUAAAAGAAUGUUUCAUGGAGGUUUUGUAACUAGACAAAUGUUUGAAAAUUUAUUUUCAAGGGGUGUAAUAUUUAAUUUUAAAUUUAGUUUGUCAAACAUAAUAAAUGUUAUACUCAGUUAAACCAUGUUGGUAUUAUGUCAUUCCCAUUGUUAUAUAUUUGAUGUCGUUGAAAAAUGUCUUGAAAUGAAUAAUAAAGAAUAUGUAUAUGAAUGA